GCCGGUCUGCGCUCUCGCCGAGGCUCGGGCUGCUCACGGACCGGUCUCCUUCGUUCCCCUUCUCCCCACUCCGAAAGCUAAGCUUACUGUUGGCAGGUCCCUGGGCAAACAGCGUGAGAUGGGACGGACAUCAAAGGACAAGCGGGAUGUCUACUACCGCCUGGCCAAGGAGAAUGGCUGGCGUGCCCGCAGUGCCUUCAAGCUGCUACAACUUGAUGAGGAAUUCCAACUCUUCCAAGGCGUGACACGGGCAGUUGACCUGUGUGCAGCCCCGGGCAGCUGGAGCCAGGUGCUGAGCCAGAAAAUUGGGGGUCAGGGUUCCGGCCAUGUGGUAGCUGUGGACCUUCAGGCGAUGGCUCCAUUACCAGGUGUGUUACAGAUCCAAGGGGACAUCACCCAGCUGUCCACUGCCAAGGAGAUCAUCCAGCACUUUGAGGGCUGCCCCGCGGACCUAGUGGUGUGCGACGGGGCUCCCGAUGUAACUGGCCUCCACGAUGUUGAUGAGUAUAUGCAGGCCCAGCUCCUCCUAGCUGCUCUGAACAUUGCUACACACGUCUUGAAGCCAGGGGGCUGCUUUGUAGCCAAGAUCUUCCGAGGCCGGGAUGUGACCUUGAUCUACAGCCAGCUGCGUGUCUUCUUCUCCAGUGUGCUGUGUGCCAAGCCCAGGAGCAGCCGCAACUCCAGCAUAGAGGCCUUCGCUGUCUGUCAGGGUUAUGACCCCCCUGCGGGCUUCCUUCCGGACCUGACAAAGCCCCUGCUGGACCACUCAUACGAUCCAGACUUCAACCAAUUAGAUGGACCCACUCGCAUCAUUGUGCCAUUUGUGACCUGUGGGGACCUGAGCUCCUAUGAUUCAGACCGCAGUUACCCACUGGACCUGGAGGAUGGCUCAGAGUACAAGUACACUCCACCCACGCAGCCCCCCAUCUCACCACCGUACCAGGAGGCCUGCACGUUGAAGAAGAAAGGGCGGCUGGCCAAGGAGAUCCGCCCCCAGGACUGCCCCAUCAGCACUGUAGACGCGAUGCCCCAGCCCCUGGCUGCUCCACAGCGCCACACCCUACUGCCCUCUGAGGUGGAAGACAAUGGAAUGAAUUGUUCGCCUUAAUACAUUCAGUUAGCUGGCAAUCUGAUAUAACUCGGAAGCUGUUUGCUGUCAGGAAAAUGAGAACUGGCAUUGAUGAACUUG